ACUCCUAAUUUGGCGUGAUUUUCACAAAAUAUAAAAUUAAAAUUAAAAGAAUAUUUGUUUAUAUGCACAAAUUUUUUUAAAUAAAAAAUAGUCAGAUAUUCUUAAAACACUUAGGACCGUUUAUUGGAAAAGUUGACAAAAUUGGAAAAGUUUUCAAAAAGUGUGGUUGCCUCAAUCAAAGUAAACAAAAGCUUUUAGAAAUGGAUACAACAAAAGCAAAUGCCAGGUACACCAGAGCAGAUCUUUUAGCUCUACGAUAUGAAGGUAAAAGUCGACAGCGCCCGCACUGUAGAAAUCGAACUGAGUUACAUACAUUGGGUUUUUGGAAAGUAAACUUAAACGCAGUUUCACUAAGUGUAGCCAACAACUACUCAAAUCAAAAUAAGAACCGGCUAUCUCCGGAGGCGGAUAGCUCGAGCCUAAAUUGCUCCAAUAGCGCUUCAAUGAGCUCGCGUCGUGCCAUGAGAAAUAGGGAGCGGGCAAAUAACUACUAUCAGCGUUUUGUACCUACAGAAUCCCUUCAAAUGUGCGGAGAAGAUAAAGAUAAGGAUAAGGAUGCGACGACGCAAGGGCAGUCUUUUAAGUCGCCCGUCAUCGAUCAUCGCAGCAUAUCAUCAUCUCACCUUAUGCCGGCAUUUGCGAAAAGACGUAUUGCUGCAUCGAGCGGUACCAACAACGGGGAAACAAACGAAACUUCAGUCAGCACGUGUGAUGCUGCACCAAGUGCACAUCAAAGAAGGGAAAGCAAGGGAAAAGUCCCCAGUUCACCUAAUCGAAAGAGCAGCGAACUUGAUAUGGCAGAAACACGCUUGAAUUAUGUUCAUCAGGAGCACGAUCAAUACAUGUCAUCAUCGCCAACGUUUUCGACUUCCCGGCAGGAAAGGCGGAUUGGUAGUGGUCGCUUGUUGCCCAGAAGUGAUAAUUGGGAAUUCAAAAGCCAAAAGACUAAGGAGCCCAACACCGAGACUGAGAAGGAUGCGUCUCCAAAUGGAAGUGGAGGUGCAAGCGUUGCUAAUCAACAGAAUCAAAACCAACACCACCAACGCGUAUUCAGUGGGAGGUUGGUCGAUCGUGUUACUGAACACACAGAUCGCCGUUUUCAAAAUGACACGAAGAGGUCAGUUGACCGACAGGGCGUAGGUAAUCGACGCAUAUCUAAUAAGGAGCCUUGUAGUAAUCAAAAUCGUGGCAAGCGCGCAAACUCCUAUCACGUUCACGAAGAGCCAGAAUGGUUCAGUGCAGGACCAACAUCACAGCUUGAAACUAUUGACUUACACGGCUUUGACGACCUGGACAACAAUGAAGACCGUUCCGAAAUGGAUAAUGAAAAAUUUCUACAAAUUGAUACAAAUUUAGCUGCGCAAACGACGAUUGAUGAAGCUUCGAGAAGAAAUAGCAACGUCAGUUUAAAUUUGAGCGACGCAUAUCAAAGUGAUGAUAUAAUAGACACUGGUGAAAAUAUACUGAAAUGCAUUCAAAACUCAUCGGAACUCUGCAAACAAAAUCAGAACGAACAAAGUCAAUUCCAAUGCAGCCAAAGUACUGAAAGUGAAUUUAAUUUUGAUGCCUUUCUUAACAUGCAUCCUUUGGAUAAUUCCCUAAUGAAUAAUGAUGAAAACGAAAAAGGUGAAGCAACGGGGACAUCACGCUUUAGCCGAUGGUUUCGACAUAAGGAAACUGCAAAUAAUAAUGAACUUCCAGGUUUGCAAGACUUUAAUGCUCAAGAAAAAAUUGGUAUUCCGAGUGUUAAGGAUUUAGAAGCGCAAAUGACUAAAGUAGACAUGCGGCCGGAUUAUGUAAACACUGUAGGAGGACCAUUCUCUCAAGUUGUGCAAGCGGAAAAACCUAUUCCUAGGGACACUGAGGGAUUCAAAAAAUUACUGCAACAGUUGGGCUAUCAAUCUAGGCAGCAUCAUCCUGGCAAUGACGUUUACCAUAUAAUAAAUCAUUCAAAUAUAACUAAUCAUGACCAUCUUGAGUCAAAUCAACAGCAUAAGAUAAACAACUGCCAUUCCCAACACUCAGCGUUAAGUGUCCACGGGCCAAACAUACCGAGUAAUAGUCACAUAUUUGCGCAAAAACGUUUGGAAACCCAUCACCUAAUGCAAAGCCUUAUUUGCGGGGACGUUUCUCUGGACUUCUUGGAAAAAGAGUUGGGUAAUCCUAGCACUGCACCUUCCACAAAGGAAGUUAUUGCGUCAGUCCUCCGUGAAUACUCCCAUAACAAGAGAAAUCCUGUGUCCAUUGGGGAUCACAAAAUGUUUACACAUUCAACGUUUCUUCAAGCUCAACCAGUUCAUCCGCAUUAUUCUGAAGAAUUGAUUUCGCAAAAUACUGCCAACCAUGCGAUGAAUCCGUUAAUUACUCAUGGCAACUCGCCAACUCCUUUGGCAUUUACUCCUACAUCAGUACUGAGGAAAAUGACAGCCGAUAAGGAAACAACUCAAACACCGAGUUCUUCUCAUAGCCAACAGCCACAAUAUCAAAUGCAUCCACAGCAUGCCAAGCAACUUAGUGAGACGCAGCCAACAGCACCUAUAGCCGUGCAGCCUCGAAUGAUAUUGGGAGGUGGAAACUUUGUCAUUGGCCCAAAUAACCAACCAAUAUCUCCCAAUUUGCAACAGUGCCGAAAUCAACAGGGAAUAAAAUGGACUCCUGGUAAUAUGCAGAUGGUGCAAGGGAAAUCAUUUGGUCGCCCUAUACUAAAAGGAGGUCUUAAUUCAAUGCCACAACCAAAUCCUGCAUUAACUUUUACUACACACAAAAUCGAAAUGCAGCCAGUUCACUCACAUCAUCAGCAGCUGCAGCAACAACAAACACAACACAGAUUUAAAUCUGGUCAAACUGUGGAAUCAAUUUUGAAUACGGAACAUGUGCAUCAAAACAUUCCAUCUCCGGUUGGAUGGCAUCAGCUUUUCUUGCAACAUCAGCAGCAUCAGUCACGGCAACAACCUAGGCAUAGAAUGCUAUAUGGAGAGAUGCACCGGCAAUCGAAUCCACAAAUGUCAUCACCAGUACCAGGUAUUCCUGACAGUUCCGAUUCUGGCAAUGUGAUUAAAAAUAAUAGCAACGCAUCUCCCGGCUACCCCAGAGAUGAACGGAUGCCAUCACCAACCAAUAAUCAGUUGGCGCAAUGGUUUUCUCCAGAGCUUCUUGCAAAAGCUUCAGCUGGAAAACUGCCUCUUCUGAAUAUGAACCAAGCGCUAAGUUUAGAAGAAUUCGAACGUAGCAUUCAACAUUCCUCAGCCGUCGUGCACAAUUAAUUCUUUAAGAAAGAUUGAAGUUCAAAGCAGUAUAAUUAGAAAUUAAAUUAAAUCUAAUAUUUUAAUGUUUUAAAUUAGUUUUUGUUUAUGCUUAGAAAUGUGUGUAUACUUGCACGACUCUAUUUAAAAUGGUUUUUGCAUUUCAAUUCGGAGCAUAUAACUGUAGUUUUCUAAAAAUUAAUACAAAUUUACUCAAACUAUUUAAAAUAUGUAUUUGAAGAUUGUAGUUGAUCAUAUUGUAAAAAAAUAUUUUACUGUAUAUAGUACACAAUGAAUUAUAUAAGCUUAAAAAAAAAAUGUGGACUUUAAUUCCUUGUCUGAGCGGGGUCAAUAGGCCUUAAAUAUUUUUACACAUUUUAUUUAAGAGGUAUUUUCGCUGCUCAUGCUCCAGUUUGUGGCACAAAUACGUUAAUGAUAGGUGUUUUAUUAAUAUUUUAUGUAGAGUAUGUGUUUGACAAAGAUAGAAACUAAAAAAUUACUUUAAGGAAAUGAUAACAAAAUGUUAAAGAAAUUACAAUAUUUUGUUCUAACUGAUAGCUUAACAUUAAAUUGUAUGCUUUUCAUUCACUGUA